AGUAUUUGUCCAAUUUUCCCUCCAAUUUCAUUUAUUGAUGUUCAGUGAGCCUUAUUCUAUGCUUUGCAAGAAGGACUGUUCAUAUGAGAUGCAGUUUUUAACUGCAAAGGAUACCAGGAAUCAUAAUCCUAGUUUUGGUUUGGAGUGUGUACUCAAGUUCUGUUGAAAGUCAAGGAUGGUUUUGGAGAGACUGUUGCAAUGUUCCCAAGGGCCGUACUGUGUUCUUCUGAGGCCUGGAGCAUCCACCAGAUUUAAAGGGUCUCCUCCAGCCCUUCCAAGGAAUUCUCCUGUGGCACGUGUCAAACCAAUGAAACAUGAUUCCUUGGAUUCCCCGAAUGCCCAGCUCUCAUCAUCUCCUGGUAAGACACCUCCUCCAUUACCAUGCACACCACCGAAAGGAUCACCAACAAAACUCUCACCAAAACUGCCAGCAAAGUUUCCAUCAAAGCCUCCUGCUCUUGGAGUGGGGAAGCCGACGGAUGGUGAAACCAGCCCAGCAGCAGCAAAGGCAGACUCCGAGUGUCCACCUAGUCAUGAAGCAGCUCAAACUCCCAGUGAUGUCACAACAUUGUGUCAAAAAGGAUCUCCAAGUUCAGCCAGGAAUUCGCCUAAAAGAAGCCCACUUCCAGAGGUCAAGGUCAUAAGAAGUGAUCUUGAAGGGUCUGCAGUCUCAGAAACUGCUGAUGUUGAAAAGGCACACAUCAAGCCACCAAAAGCGGCUCCAGCGCCCCCUAUGAGGCCCCGAGCUCCCACAGCGAAAGGAGUGCCGAAACCUGCGCCAAGGAAACGUUCUUUAACGUCGUGGUCAUCUAUUGACCAGGGGACUCCAGAGCCUGAAGACACUGUAUCUCCUGCAUCUCCUAGAUCACCCCUACGGCCACCAGUUCCUAAGCAACGAAGCUUCGAGAACAAGCCUCCAAGUCCUCUACCAGUAGCUCGGCUGAUGCAGAAAUCUGCGUCAGUGGAUGAAGAACCUAAUCUGAAGUCAGCUGGUUCGCCUACUUCUGCUAGGCCUGCUGAACCGAAAGUAGACUUUUCUUCAAAGUUGGCUGGUUUGUUGGUUCAGGGUCCAAAGAAGAUAGGGAGCAAACAUGGAAUUGAUUCAGGUGAUGAAGUGAUGGUGGAAGCUGGUAUGAAUGAGAGUUCUGGCUGUGAGAUUGAACAGAAAGGUGUCGUGGACAGAGAAGUUAAGACUGAAAUCAUCAAUGACAAUCAAACUCACACGCAAGCUUUGAAAAUUCCACCGCGUAAAAAGAAGAAUAAGAAAAGUCGGGAGUCAAGUCCUGCUGGCCCUGAUCGUCAGUUGGUAGCGGAAAGUAAAGACCAUUCUCCAGAAAUCAUUGAUAAGACGAAAGAGAUAUCCCCUGAGGUUGACCAAAAUGCUAAUGACAUUCACUCAGAACUUGAGCAUUCAAGUUCUCCUAAACCAACAGCAAAGUCUGUUGAACAAACUUCGUCUGUUAAGAGUGAUAAAAUUGAGGACACUAAUGUACAAUCUCCUGUUCAGGUAAAUAAACGUGCCAAGGAACUUGCAAGUUUAGUUGCAAAAGGCUUGCAGCAUCAGUUAACAAUGAAAUCUAGGCCAAGUAUUUCUCCAAAGCCAAUGUCGAGGUCAAACUCAUCUGAUGGUGGCCUCACGCCAUCAGAAAAUGAAGAGGACAGACUACUAUCGCCAACGCAAACACCUCCGCAUCUGCCAGAGAUCGGUUCAGUUGGUUCAAGGGAGAAACCUCGUUCACCGCAACCAGUGAUUAAACAGCCUUUAUUGCCACCAAGGUUACCACCAAAGUUUGAGGAAGGUGAAAAGAAGGAUACAAGAUCGGGUAUGGCAAUGGUUGAGAAGAGUGAGGGGGAUGAUUCAAGAAGAGGCAGUGGUCACAGCGUCACAUCACAGACCUCGGAUGAGGCAGAGAACGAGCCACCACCUCCAGUGCCUGUCAGAACAGCACCAAAGAUGAAGAGAGACAACUCCAUCGAUAUUGUGGUAACUCCAAGCUCUCCCGAUGUUGCCAGUAGUCAUGGUAACCAGGGUAAGAAACGAGAGAAGCGUCCACUCCCACCUUUACCAACCCCUGAAGAGGAAAUAGUUGCGUCUUGUUCCUCAGUGAAAGCACAAGGUCCUCGUCUGCAGAAUCGACCCCUCCCACCUGUGCCAGGUAAAGAGGAAGUGCCACGACCGGCUAGGAAAGCUCCUGGUCCUCCGCUUGGGCGCAAACGAAGUAAAUCAACUCCUGGACCAAUCCCAUUGCACUUGGAGGAGUUCCGGCCAAGAAGCCAAGAUGUUGAUGAGAAGAAAAAGUGGACAGAUGAAGAUGAGAAAACGUUUCUGGAAUUGAAGCAGGUGUCGGAGAAAUUAAAAAGGGUGGGCUUCGUAGAUGUUCACAAGGUGGAGCGGCCUGUAACGAGGCAGAGCAGUCGUGAGGGCCGACCAGUGUUUAAGGCUCCCCCACCUCCCCCUAUCGAUGGGGCAAGCACUGCUGAUCGAGGUUCACAGACACCGGUUGAAGAUGUGAUCAAGUUUGAUUUUGAGGGUCUGUCUGAUGUGAUACUUGAGGAGGAUGAGGCCACUGCAGGGGAGGUGACAAGAGUUAGCAGAGUUGGUGAAGGGGCAGCAGCUACCAUUGUGUCUCCGACUUCUCCCGUUUCAAAGGAAGUCCGUCGACCAUUCCGAGUAGCUCCACCCCCUCCACCCCCUAGACCUAAAUUGCUGGAUGAAACAACUGAGGAAGGACAUUGUGAUGAACUUGGGUACCUGUCGCCAAAACAACAAGAUUCUCAGUCUGCGAAUUUGGAGGAGUAUUCUUAUGUUAGCAGUGAGUAUUAUCCUGAGGAGGAAGGUGAGAAACAACGCAGCGAUUCAAGCCUCAGCUCGCAGCAUAUUUAUGAGUUUGUGGACACGUCACGAAAGGAGAUUAUAGAAAGUGUAUCUGAUGUGCCUGUUGAUGAUACUUAUGAGGUUCCAGGGGAGGUGAUGAUGAGACAACAUUCAUCAACGUCUUCACACACGUAUCAGAAAAUGGACCCACCGCAGGCACCACCAAGGCCUAAGCGACAAACACUUCGACAGAAAAGUAUGGACAUUUUAAGCCUUGUUGUUCCAGUUGAUACAGAGAUCCCAGCUAGAGAUGUGAAUGCUGAUAAUGAGUACAUCUAUCCUGGUGCUCCAAAGCCAACACUGGAAAGUCAAAAUAUCCAGUGCGAGUCAACGUAUGAUAUAUCGAAUAUACGUCUUUCGAGGGAUUCGGCGGAAACACAACGUCAAAUGGAGGAUGAUUUAGAUGGAGCUGAUGACUAUAUACUCCCCGGCAGACCGCUUAUAGAAUCAGAGUCAACAUAUGAUAUCAGUAGCACACCUAUCAAUUCACCUGUGAAAUUAGACCUUCAACGCAAUGACUCUCGGAAUUUGAAUGAUUUACAACCAAAACAUAACUCCUUGACGUCAAGUACCAGCAGUGAUAAUCAUGAUUAUUUUGACAUGACGGGUGUUCCUCGGCGCCAUUCCUUCACAGAACACAGCCUGAGUUUGGGCAGUUUGCAGCUGCAGUCCCUGACAGCAUCACAGGAAGAACUCUGGCACGGAGGGCAGAGUGAUUACUCGGACACAGCAAGCGAGGAGGAGACUGGCGAUGAUGAAGAUGAGAAUAAACCAAAGAAGCCCAAGGUAUUUUACAUAGCCAGGGAAAUCAUGACGUCCGAAGAAGUUUUUGUGGAUGUGCUCAAACUGCUCAACUUGGAUUUCCGUCAAGCCGUGAGCAGCACUACAGAGGAGGUUGGCCGCCCAAUCAUCCCAUCGGUAGUCUUGAAUCGGAUACUUCACUACCUCCCCCAAUUGGAGAGUUUCAAUUCUGAGUUCUUACAGGACUUGCACAAGAGGGUGGACAACUGGGAAGACGAUCCCCGAAUAGCAGACAUUUUCGUGUGUAAAGGUCCAUUCCUGAGGCUGUAUAUUGGAUACAUCAAGGGGUUUGAUGAGAUGAUAUCAAUGUUUGAUGAUGCGUGUAAGAAGUACCCCAUCUUCAAUGAACUGGUCAAAGAUUUUGAGGGCAAUGAACGGUGUGCCAAUUUAGCCCUGAGGCACUACAUGCUGAAGCCGAUCCAGAGAAUCCCACAGUACAAGUUACUCCUCCAGGACUAUUUAAACCACCUGUCUGAGCAUUCAAUAGACUACAAAGAUGCAUCAGCUGCCCUUGCGAUUGUUAGUGAAAUAGCUACACAUGCCAAUGAAAGUAUGAGAGAAGGGGAUAACUUUCAGAAGCUGCUUGAAGUCCAAAACAGUCUCCAUGGGAACUUUGAGGUUGUCAAACCGGGCCGGACGUUGAUAAAAAUGGGAAUCCUCCAAAAGCUCUCGCGGAAGGAAGCUCAGCCACGGAUGUUGUUCUUGUUCAAUGAUGUUUUACUGUACACGACACCAAUAGUAACAGGGAAGGAAUACAAGCUCAAUCAUGUCUUAUCGUUGGCUGGGAUGAAAGCGUGUAAACCAACCCAGGAAGAAUUCCAGAAUGAGUUCAGUGUGAUCAGCAUUCAGAGGUCAUUCACCAUCAGUGCAAAGAUGGAUUUUCCACAUUAUCUAGUUUUUGACUGCAGCACCCCAAGGGAGAGGGACGCAUGGCUCGCAGCAUUGACCCAAGCAAUUGAGGACAAUGCAGAGAAGCGGAGCACAUUUGAGCAGGCAAAGACCCACCCUGAGAAAUUAGUUAUGGUCGACAAGGACUUCCAGCUAGGGCUGCAGGCCCCGGUGUGGGUUCCUGAUGCCAGGGUAACCAUGUGCAUGCUGUGUACUUCAGAAUUCACGGUGACGUGGCGACGACAUCAUUGCAGAGCAUGUGGCAGGGUAAUAUGUGGUGCAUGCUCCGACUACAAAGCUCCAUUGAUAUACUUGAAGAGCAAGUCAGUGCGCGUAUGUCGUGAAUGCUUCGAGAAGAUAGAGCCAGUAGCGGCAGCUGAAGAUGGACGGUUGACACCGACGGCUGAGGGUGAGGAAAAAAGGCCACGGAACACCAGCGAGAGCUUUAAGAAGUCGAAAAAAUGGGUGAAUCGGUUACAUAUAAAGAGGCCAUCAGUUCUCAAGGAGGUUCAAGCGAAUGACACUGGCUCUGUAAUGAGUGGCUACAUGAAGGUGAUACGCGGCAAGAAAUGGAAGAAACGAUGGUUUGUCAUCAAGGACAAAGUGCUGUAUACAUACAAGGCGAGCGAGGAUGCUGCAGCUUCAAGAAGUACACCUCUCCUUGGGUAUGAAAUCAAGACUUUUACUGAGGCCGAUACGAAUGAUAGCUUUUUGGCAAAGUACUUUGAGAAUGCAGAGCCAAGUCUAGUCUUUCAAGUUUCGCACAAGGGAACAGAUCCAGUUGUGUUUCGGACGGAGAGUGCCUCCACCAAAGAUAAGUGGAUACAGGCAAUAAAAGAUGCAACUGUCGCAUAGAUACUUCAUUCACAUGAUGAAACUCGCCAUUCAGAAAAUCGUUUCAUUGGAAAAGAAACUUCGUCACCAGAUGGUGGAUAAAACUAUGUGGACCGACAGACUUUAUGUCACUCAAUGUAACUGCUGCUAGUGAUUCAGAACAGUGUGGUUGUGAGCAUCAUAAUACUAGUCCAAUUAUAAAUUGUUGUCAUUUUGCACUACAUGUAUUUUGUUAUCAAUUCUAUUUUAUAAGUUGUGUACAUCUCACAGCUGUAGAAUCCCUGCUUCUAUAUAGUGUGCCAUUUGAUCUGUAAAUAGUGAUUGGCUCAAACCAGUUUCUAGAUGAGUGGCUGAAUCAAAUCUUGAUCUGCACAGCUUAGUGAACAUUGUUAUAAUGUGAUAUGAAUAUUGCCUCAAAAUUUGCUAAAAGUAUAUUUUAUAAUUGUCAGAUUUGAUAUAUUGUAUUUUAGUACUGUGUGCAUAAUUGUAUUUUUGGAUAAUUUAAACAAACUGUGCUAUUUCUCUCCCAAUUUUUACAAGUCCGGAUUACCUUCCGAAUUUCUUUUUAGAACAAAUUUGACAUUGUGAACUUUGACAAUCAUUUCACCAGUGUUACCAUAGUUACUAGAUGUUUCUAUCAUUCCAGAGAUUAUUAUUGAGUGAGAUUUUGAUUCAAUACGCUAUUUUUGAUUUCAUGUUAUCACCUUGGAUGCCUUGUUAACUUGGCUUGUUAUUGGCUCGUUAGACAAUAUUUGGGUGAUUUGUACUGUAGAAGGAAACCAGGCUACCUGGAUGAAACCUAAAAGAGAGUCGCCUCUCUAUAGCAAGGGAGUAUACAGGAAAUCAAACCCGGGACCUCAGAUGUGACAGGAACUGAUGUCUCCAUUGCACUAGUCUGAUAUAUAUACGUAAAUACCUCAGGUUACUGGAGCAAUUUGUGGCACACAUCUCUACUUGUGGUUAGAAGAAAACUUGUCCCUGUCCCUGUAGAGAAUAGUUGAACUUUCCUACAGUCUUUAUUGUGAAAUAGUAUGUGAUCUUUGUAUAUAUUGGAUAGAUUUUCGAUGAGAUUGCUGGUCAAACUCGGAUUUUCCCCAAAUUUGAUUACCCCAGAAAUUUGCUAAUUGUUAAUGUUACCAAAUGACGGGUUGACGACUGUGUCAGUUAAUUAACCAAGAAUAAGAUUCCAAUGCUAAUCUACCGUAAACCUACUGACAUUGACUUCAGAUCGUUUAUGUUGUUGAUAACUGCUGGGAAGUGCAACUUUUGAAAUCAUGUCUACCAUCAAUUGUCAACUUUGUCUCAAAGGGUCAGUACAUCAAAAUUUUGAUCAGAAUGUCAUGAGUGUUCCUACUAUGUAUAUACAUGCCAAUGAGAAAAGAAUUCCUGUGUGAUCUUUAAUGCACACAAGGCAGGUGAUCUACUGUAGUGUAACUACAGGUGAGUCAUAAAGUGUAAAAUGUCAAUUCAGAUGUACUGGACCUUUAAAGUUUCUUUCAAAUCAAAUUUAUGAUGCAGUGUUUUGCAUUAUACUCAAGAUUGUGAUAUAGUUUUAUAGAGUUUGAGAUGGCAGUUGUAUACAUGUACAUUUGCAUGUAAUAGGCCAAGUAAUAAUUGUCCUGUUGUUAAAUUAGAUGAAUUUUCACAAGUGUACUGGGCCUUUAAUGGUUCACUAUUGAAAUUUAUGAUUUUGUACAAGUUUUAUUCCAAACAAUUCCGCUUGCAAGAGAUCAAAGCUAAGUACUUAUAAUCAAUCGACAUAAUGGUUCAUGAUUUUACUCAUGUAAAUCUAUGGGUCCAAGAUAUUAUUUCCAGCUCAGAUGUUGUAAAGGGAAUCAAAACUUAGGAGGCUGUUUACUUAUCCUCAUUGUGAAUGUUUAUAAUGAAGCAUACUAGAGAUGCCAUGGUGUGCAAUAAAAUAUUGUAAAUAGUUGUAAUUUGGCAGAAGUGUAUCAAAUAUACAAUAAAGUAUUGAUUAUAUA